AUGGAGGAGCGGCCGCGGGCGCCGGGGAGCAUCCUCCGGACGCUGCUGGGUCCUUUCCCUCGGGUCUUUGCUGCGGGCGCCGUGGCCUCCGGUUCUGUGGCCGCCGAUUCGGAGGUCCUCGCGGAGGACCAGAGGCUACCUCCUUCCUACGCCCCGGAAGCCCAGCGCCUGGAGUCUGGAUGGGACCGCCUCCGGGGGCUGUUUGCCAGAGAUGCACAGCAGAGAAGAUCAAAGGAACUUGAGGAUAUUUAUAAGGCAGCCAUUACAGGAUGCAUCAUUGGCUGGGCAUAUGGGGGAAUACCAGCUUUUGUACAUGCUAAACAGCGCUACAUUGAGCAGAGCCAAGCAGAAGUUUAUUAUAACCGGUUUGAUGCUGUGCAAUCUGCACAUCGUGCUGCCACGCGAGGCUUCAUCCGGUAUGGCUGGCGCUGGGGUUGGAGAACUGCAGUGUUUGUGACUAUAUUCAACACAGUGCACACUGGUCUAAAUGUAUACCGAGAUAAAAGUGCCCUAAGCCAUUUUAUCAUUGCAGGAGCUGUCUCAGGAAGCCUUUUUAGAAUAAAUUUAGGACUGACUGGUUUUGUAGCUGGUGGCAUAAUUGGAGCCUUGCUAGGGAAAGCCAGACUACAAAUUACUGAGCUCCUCCCUGAAGAAAUUGAAAGUAGCCUACAGAAAAAUCAACCCGAGGAUGAUAUUGAGAAAAUUGAAGCACUGCUAAAUCUUCCUAGAAACCCCUCAGCAACAGAUAAACAAGACAAGGACUGA